AUGUGGAUCCUAUUUCUUAUUCUUCACGUCCACUCUUAUUUUCUCCCUGGAGUUGCUCCUAAAAGCUAUGAGCAAGGUCACAAACUCAACCUGUACGUGAACAAGCUUGAUUCUUCAAAAACUCAGCUUCCAUUCGAUUAUUAUUAUCUGCAUUAUUGUAAGCCGCACCAUGUAUCAGCACAAAGCGAAAACAUUGGUCAAACUUUAACAGGAGACACAAUAGAGACUUCGCCUUAUCAGAUAAGCAUGGGUCAGGUGAAGAGAUGCGAAGUUUUAUGCACUCAAACAAAUAGACGAUCUCAUAUAAGGACUUUUAAGUGGAUGAUUGAUAAUGAGUACAAAGCUUCAUGGCUUCUUGACAACCUUCCAGCUGGAUUUAGGCAAACUACAAAUUCUAAUGACCAAAGAACGAAAACCAAAAUUUCUUAUUACCAAGAUGGAUUUCCUAUUGGGUUUAGAGAUGGCAGAGAUUUUUUUAUUAAUAAUCACCAUCAUAUUGUCAUCAAAAUCCACCCAAAUUCGAAAGACGAGGACAAAUGGAAAAUUGUAGGGUUUUUGGUGGAACCUUUGAGCCUGCUGAAUACUCCUGAAAAAUUAGGCUGCAAUACACCAGAAUUCCUAAGUCAUGAGUUUGGGGAAGCGAAAUGGAACGAAACUAUUAUGACUCCUGAUGAAAGGCUGUCAGGAUCUUUUCCUACACGGAUAUCCACACUUCCUGCACAGAAUUUGGAUCUCCCUGGCUCGAAUAUUACAUAUACAUAUAGUGUGAUAUUUGAAGAAAGUGACGUAAAAUGGGCAGAUAGAUGGGAUUAUUACCUUUAUAUGACUGGAGAAAGUGGAGAAGUCCAUUGGCUUUCCAUUGUAAACUCUUUUGCAAUGGUUUUGUUUUUAACCGGAAUGGUCGCUCAUAUAUUUAGAAGAAUAAUCAAAAAAGACAUAUCAACAUAUAAUGAAAAAGACGAUAUUGAUCCAGAAGGGGAGUCUGGCUGGAAACAAGUUAAAGGUGACAUUUUUAGACCGCCUGUUUAUGGGAGUAUUUUUUCAAUUAUUAUCGGAUCUGGUGUACAAGUAAUUGGAAUGGCCAUUUUAACAUUGCUUUUUGCUUGCAUUGGAUUUUUAACUCCAGCUAACAGAGGAGCUUUAGUUACUGCUAUGCUUAUUUUAUAUGUAUUUAUGGGUGCUGGUGCUGGAUAUACAUCAUCAAGACUUUACAAGUUCUUCGGCGGCGAUUUUUGGAAAAGAAAUGCUUUUGGGACCGCUUUCUUUUUCCCAGGAAUCUGCUUCUUGGUGUUUUUCAUUGUGAAUCUUUUCAUUCUCGGAGAAGAGUCGUCAGGAGCUGUCCCAUUCACAUCUUUGCUUGAAUUACUUAUUCUUUGGUUUGGAAUUUCUGUCCCUCUUGUAUUUUUAGGAAGUGCGAUAGGGUUUAGAAAAAACAGAAUUGAUCAUCCUUGCAAAAUAAAUAAAAUUCCUAAGCCCAUUGAAAUCAUUCCAGGAUCUUUUAAAAUUAACGCCAUUUGUGUAAUGGCAGGAUCUUUACCAUUUGGGUGUAUGUUUAUUGAGCUCAGUUAUGUAAUGAAGAGCUUGUGGCACCACACACUAUUUUAUUAUCUUUUUGGAUUUUUAUUCCUCUGCUUUGUAGUGCUUGUAAUCACUUCAGCUGAGGUCUCAAUAUUAAUGACUUACAUAAUUCUUUGUAGAGAGGAUUAUAGAUGAUGGUGGGCAUCUUUUGGGGUCGCUGGGUCUUCAGGAAUUUAUUUGUUUUUAUAUUCAUUUAUAUAUUUUAUGACAGAUUUGACGUUUAAUAGAUUUUCGUCAGUUAUUAUUUACUUUGGAUAUAUGUUCCUUACAAGUGUGGCGUAUGCUUUGAUUACCGGGACCAUAGGAUUCUUUGCAACUUUUAUAUUCAUUCGAAAUAUUUAUAGCAAUAUUAAGGUUAGCUAA